AUGCAAAUUACGGCGACCGACCGACAAGAACAAGAAGAGAGCCGCUUGGUGUUGGGGCUCGGCUCGAGCUCUCUCUACACCCUCCGCUUUCCCCACACUCUCUCCUCCAUUUCUGCUUUUCUCUCGACUCCCAACACCAGGAUCUCUCUAUCGCCUCCUGCUCAACAUAUCCAUUGUCAAUGGGGCAUUGAAAAGAAGAGACUAGGGAGAGAUAACGCGAAAAUCGGAGACCCAGAGAAAACGGAGGGAAAAGCUCUGUGAGUGUUUUUUAGUGAGCCGCCGAGGCGAGGAGCCUUUUUCCAAGAGAGAGGGUGGAUGCCAUUUUUGGGGAUUUCGAAAGAUAAUUAGACCUUGUAAUUGGUAUUUUGGCCUGGAUUUUGGGAUUUUGGAAGAUUAUUUGGGCUUCAGGAAGGUAAUGGAGAUUGAUGUUGGGUAUUCCAAUGGAAUUGAAAAUUUUUGGAGGGAUCUUGGGAUGAUUUCUUCUUCCCAGGGAGGUUUAGCAUCUUUUUAAGGAUCCCAGAAGAUAUUUAGACGUUGUGAUUGGUAUUUUUAGCCGGAUUUUGGGAUUUUGGAAGAUUAUUUGGGCUUCGGGAAGGUAAUGGAGCAUGAUAUUGGGUUUUCUAGUGGAAUUGAAGAUUUUGAAGGGUUUUUGAGGGGUUUCAAAGGUUCUAAUGGUUCAAGGAAAGUAAAGAAAAAAUUGGAAUGUUUGUAAGAUGAUUUUAAAGAUUUUUCUUAAUAUACCCUAAGGUUGAAUCAAAAUUUAAAGGCGCAUGCACACGGCUAAAAAAUGAGUAUCACCACGAAAUUGAAUGUUUUCUGCUAUCUUGCUUUCUUAAGGUGUAUCUGUAAGGAAAAGGCGGUACAAUAUGCUAGUUUUCCUUGAAUAUUUGUCAAAUUUAAAGGCGCAUAGACACGUCUUGAAAUGGGUCUUUCCACGAAAUUGGUAGUUCUCUGCUCUUUUCAUUCUACUGAGAGUGAAAUUGUGGAAAGAGAGGCAUAAUGACCCAAAAAAUAUAACGUUUUUGACUUUUUCGUUUGUUUUCAAACUUAAAGGCGCAUAGACUUCUCUAAAAAUGGGUCUUGCCACGAAUUUGAAGAUUUUCUGCUCCUUAGACUCUCUUGAAGUUAAACUUCAAGGAAAAAAAAGGCAUGGGUUUCUUUAUAUGCUUUGAAGGCUUGUUGGCUUCUUUCCGGUUCAAAAACCAAUUUAAAGGCGCAUAGACCCCUCUAAAAAUCAGUCUUGCAACGGAAUGGGAUGCUCUUUUGAUUUCAUUCAAGUCUGGGGUCAAUCUGGAAAUAAUUUUUCCAAGCCGACGCGGUUGACCGCCGACGGACGGAAACACAUGGAAUCGGCUCAAAAACUCUCUCCUUUCACUCACCCCAGACACACACAUAAUCUCGUGUGUCGCGCUCUUCUUCGCACAAAUGUGAUUAGGGCUUCUCUCUCGCUGAGGCUCAGGACGAAGAAGAGAGACGGAAUCGAGAAGAAGGAAAAAAUUGGAAUGCGAAUGGGGCAUCAACUAGGAGAAGUAGGAAAAAUGGAACGAGCGAUGACGUGCGGAAAAAAAAAUAGCCGUGGUUGAUUUUGUGCUACAGCGAUGAGAUGGUUGUGAAGAAACGGCCGCGGUUUAUUUUUUAGAAGAUUCUUCGCUCCGUUGAGAAUGAGGCUGUGAAGAAAUAGCCGUGGUUGAUUUUGUGUUCCAAGGAUAAGAUGGUUGGGAACAAACGGCCGCGGUUGAUUUUUUGGAGGUUUUUCGCUCCAUUGAGAAUGAGGCUGUGAAGAAAUAGCCGUGGUGGAUUUUGUGCUCCAAGGAUAAGAUGGUUGGGAACAAACGGCCGCGGUUGAUUUUUUGGAGGUUUUUCGCUCCAUUGAGAAUGAGGCUGUGAAGAAAUAGCCGUGGUGGAUUUUGUGCUCCAAGGAUAAGAUGGUUGUGAAGAAACGGCUGCGGUUUAUUUUCUCGAGGUUUUUCGCUCUAGUGAGAUACAGACUGAAAAAAUUGCCGUGGUUGAUUUUUUAGAAGAUUCUUUGCUCUGUUGAGAAUGAGGCUGUGAAAAAAUAGCCAAGAUUUAUUUUCUCGAGAUUUUUCGCUCUAAUGAGAAAGAGACUGCGAAAAAACAGAAAUGAUUGAUUUUUUUUAGAAGAUUAUUUGCUCUAUUGAGAAAAAAAGGCUAUGAAGAAAGAGCCACGAUUAAUUUCUUUGAAGAUUCUUCGCUCUAAUAAGAAAAGAGGUUGUGAAGAAACAGCCACGAUUUGUUUUCUUGAGGUUAUUCGCUCUAAUGAGAAAGAGAUUGUGAAAAAACAGCCGCGGUUGAUUUUUUGAAAGAUUCUUCGCUCUAUUGAGAAAAAAAAAGCUUGGGAAAAAACAGCCGUCAUUGAUUUUUUUUAAGAAGAUUCUUUGCUGUAUUGAGAAAAAAAAGGUGUGAAGAAAUAGCCGUGGUCGAUUUUUCAGAAGAUUAUUUGCUCUAUUGAGAAAAAAAAGGCUGUGAAAACAUUGUUUUUAAACUACCUUGCUCCAUUGAUAAUUCUUCUACGAAAUUAGCAAAAUAUAGCUCUUCCUUCCUAGGAACUCUCGCUCCAUUGAUAACGAAGUCUUUUUUCUCACAUUUCCUUGUUUUAAUCCCACAAUUGCGUGUCGUAUUUGUACACCCUUAUCAAUAUCAAUAUCUCGAAAAGUGGAGCCAAAAGUGCAAGGAAACGAGGUUUCCAUGGCGAUUGAUUGAAUAUCCAAACGGAUAUGUUUUAGGCCUCCCAAAUCCCUCUCUUCCUGCUUUUCGCGCCCCACUAUCAAUGAGGGGGGUUGAAAAAAUGAAAGAAAGAUGGAAAAUGGACGAAAAAAGGGCUUGAAAAGGGUCAUUAUUAGCCCCAUUGAGGGACAAAUUUUGAGAUAUUUUAUUAUAGCUUCCGAGUUUUGAAGUUAUAAUUAUGAUGGAGAUAAAAAAAGAAGGAAUUUCGUUAUAUAUGUGAUGACUCUUCCACAUGAAAAAAAGUUCGUGAAGGUCGGAUUUUUUUGAAUUUUCAAAUUAUGUCAUUUUUUUCGGCUCUAAAAUCAUGCAUUUUAAUUUUUUUAAAGUGAAUAAACAUUUUUGAAUAAAUGGUUGAAAAAUAGGAAAAAUUCAUAAUUUUGGCUUCAUAUGACUCAUCCUAAUGGGAAAAAGCUUACGAAAAUCGGCUUUUUUUGGGAAAUUUUUUUGCUAUAAAAUUUCGAAUUUAAAAAAAGAAAAAUCAAAGCAAGAAAAAUUAUAAUUUUUUUGCUCGCCCUAGUGGUACAGUUUCCGGAAAUAAGAGCCAUUUUUUUCAUCAAGUUUUUGCCAUGUUUAUUUUGAGCUUUUUCCUUACAAUAUUAGGUUUAAAAAAAUCAAUCUAGGACCUUUUUCAAAGAUUUAGAAGCUUAAUAUGAAACUGAAAAAAACGACUCUUCCCCUUGAGACCUGUCCAAAUUUCCCCAUGCUCCUUUUAAAAAAAUCAACCGAUGAAUUUUUUUAAAUAUAUUUAGAUGCUUACUAUGACCCUGGAAAACGACUCUUCCCCUUGAGACCCUUCUACAUCCCGCCCAUGCUCCUUAAAAAAAAAUUUAGCUCUUUCAACAAAAUUCAAGAAGAAAAUCCAACCUUUCCUCAUUUUUUUUUUCGGCCAAAUCCCCUUCCCACCACUGAAAACCAAUUUCCCAUGCAACAGGAAAUGCAUUAAAAUCGCGGCAGUGUCGUUUCUUUUUUUUUUUGUUUUCCGCGGCGGACAAAAUUUAAAAUUCAAAAGAAAUUUGUCACUCUCGUGAAAUAUAUUCCCAUGGAAAGAAUUUUAUGAAUUUAGGGUUUUUAAACGGGGGAAAUGGGAUUUUUAAAGGUCUCGUGAAGAAGAGACACUUUUAGUGUUGUUUCAAGUGAUGGAAAGCUUCUACGCUUCCGGAAAUCCCAAAAAAUAUCUUUAAAAUCGAGAAAGUAAAAAAUAGUCGUGAGAUAGAGUGUAUUGUGCAACUGUUGUCAACGGUGCUCACGGCUAAUCGGCUACCGUAAUCUUCAUAAAUUUCAAAAAUUUUUUUGGUCAGAAUUUUUCAGUUUUUUAUUAAAAUUCUGAUGUAUCUUUCAAAUUUCGAAUGAAAGUUUAGAUUGAAAUAAAUUUUUCUCGAUUUUCAGGCGUGCAGUUUCCGAUUUCGGAACGGUUAAAUGUCGACCAGGUGUACGAUCGGCGGACAGGAAAACCUCGACACGACGUCCUUCGGGAUCACUUUAUCAAGGUUGCUCUUUGUCACGUUUAUGUCACGCAUGUGAUUUUUUGCGGAAAGUUACUUGAAAAUGUAUAUAAAGCUCUUGCUUGAUUUUGAACGCCUGAUAGUUUCAUCUAGAAAAAAAGCUUCAUUUUUUGUUUACUUCUGGAACUUUCAUGCGUUGCUUUAAGCAUUAGGGGAGAGAUCCGUAACCCCUUUAGGGGCCACUUAAAUUUUCCCUCGGAAAGCUGCAAGAGUUAUUCGUAUAAACCGAAGAAGAUAACUUUCUAGUUUUUUGGACCAAUUUUCCACUUUCCUUGUUGUAAACCUCAUUUUUUUAACGUUAAUUUUCACUUAAUUAGCAUUAUUUUUAAUAGGAUAAUAUUAACGAGAUAAAAUUUCUGCAGGAGGGUCGGAUAGAAGAAGAGGCGGCGAUCCGGAUCAUCCAGGAAUGCUCGGCCCUCUUUCGACAGGAGAAGACGAUGCUGGACAUCGAGGCUCCCGUCACCGUCUGCGGAGACAUCCACGGACAGUUCUACGACCUCAUGAAGCUGUUCGAGGUUUGGAGGAGGCUUUGGAGUUGAAAAUCAUAAAAAUACUAGGGCGGCCAAUUUUGGGAUUUAUCCAAACAAAAGUUUUUUUUUUUGAUAAUUUCAAGUCUUCGAGAGAACUUUUUUUAUGUGGAAAGAGAGUGUAGAGAUAAAAAGGAGUAUAAUUUUUUUAGCUUAGGGAAAUUUCUGGAAACAUUUGAAAUUGGAAAACUACUCAAAAAAACUAGGCGGAAAAAAAUGGGAAAUUCGCAAAAAAAGCUUUUAUUUCAAUUGAUUGGAAGUAGUUGUUAGCCUCUAACAGAACUAUUAACAAAGUAAAGAGAAUGUAAAUUAGAAAAAUUAAAAAAAAUUAAAUUAAAAAAAGUAAAUUGAAGUAAAAAAAGAAGUAAAUUAAAAAAACGAGAAAAUUGAGAGUUAGGGAAAUUUUUCUAGGAAGCUUUAAUCUGUAAUGGUAGGAAACUACAAAGAAAAUUGGCGAAAAAAAACUCAAAAAAUCAAUUUUCUGGCCUUUUUUGAAUCAAAAACUGUAUUUUGCUUGAUUUGCAGAGAAAGAAAAACAUAAAGAAGUUUAAAAGGUUAGGCAAAAUUUUUAGGAAGCUUGAAAAAAAUUGGAGUUGAAUCACUAUGGUACAAAAAUAAGGUUUUUUUAAUGAUUUCUGUAAAAAAAUUCUGUAAUUUUUUUCGUCACGGUAAUGAUUAUAGGUCGUUUUUUUGUUCUAUUAUCAAUAAUUAUAGCGAAAAAUUAUAAAACUUGUUUUUAAAAAUCGCAUUUUUUUCGGCAAGAGGCGUACGAAAUUGAGGCAAAUUUAACAAUUUUUUUAAAAAAAUUUCGGGUAAAUUUUAGAAUUUUUUUAGAGGAUCAGGAACGUUUUUCCGUUGCUUGGGGUGGAUUUCAUUCGAAAAUUCGGUUUGAGAGAAAAUUUGUAGUUUUUUUGAGUGGAUUUUGGGGAUUACUUAAAGAUUUAAAAAAUAUUUUGAAUCGAAGUGUUUAAAAAAAAUCGAUUAGAAAAAUAAUAAUCAAAAAAUUGACAGGUCGGCGGGUCACCGGCGACGACCAAGUACCUGUUCCUGGGCGACUACGUCGACCGGGGCUACUUCUCCAUCGAAUGCGUCCUCUACCUGUGGGCCUUGAAGAUCUGCUACCCCAACACGUUGUUUCUGCUGCGCGGCAACCACGAAUGCCGCCAUCUCACCGAGUAUUUCACCUUCAAGCAGGAGUGUUCGUUUUUCUUGUACUAAAAAUCAAAAAAAAAAAAUUAUUCGAAAAUAGUUUUCUAUACAACUUUUGUACUAGAUUUUGAAAAUAUUGUCAAAUCACUUAAAAUUUUUCAAAAAGAUUACGCGGAACACGGCGUUUUUUUUUUGGCUCGCGCAUAUUUUUUCCGUAAAGUGUAGCGUGUCGUGUGCAUACACCGCGGCGCUCUGGCACACGAGCGCGAACUGAAAUUCAGUUAUAGCUGAUUCACGGUCAGCUUGGGACGCUAAAGGGGCGUGUCCUGUCUGCAUUCUCCACGAGCCAGGCACUAUCUCGUGCAUUAUCGUGUCAAGACCCUUUUUUCGAUGGCUCAAGCCAGCCGUGAUCAGUAAUAUAUUUUUCAUUAUCUGGUGGCUAUUUUGAAUUUCGCGGAGUUACUUUACACACGCCAUGUGUUUUAAAACAGAAAAAUCGCGUUUUUUUCAAUGAAAAAUAUAUUCGUCUCGGGACCCAUUGAAUGCGCCUUUAAUAUUUCCUGUUUUUUACGCGUUUUUCCCAUGACGUCAAAUGGGAACGGUGGAGAUUUUGACCAAGUCACUUUGUAUGGUGGUGUUAGCUGCUUGGCAUUCAAAACCUGAACAAACUUUAUUAAAAAAAAAGAGAAAAGAAACUCAAAUUUUGAUAGGUAUCUUGAAAUUUCAGUGUGACGAGAAACCCCGCAAAAAAUACGUUUCAAAGCGUCUUCAAAAUUAAGACUUUCCAAUAGAAUCCAUUCUUGUUGGCAAUUUCUCAAUACAUCAUCAUUUAUAUUCACAUUUUUAACAUACGUGUGCCAGGUCACGUUUUAAUAGUGACGUCAUAGCGCAGAACCUUUUUCAAGCAAAUCUUAUCACUGACCGGUAAAAUUUUAAAAUGCGAAUUUUUCGAUCCGGUUUUUUUAGAGCUAACAUAUCGUUAUAUAAAAGCUAAAAAAGCAUACCGGAGCUUUGUCUGAUCACUUUGGGUCGAGUUUUAAAAAGUGUCUGAAAAAUAGUUUUUUGUACAACUUUGAUCCCAAAAACUGAUGAUGGUUUCAGUUUAUUUUUGAAAAUUUUGCCGAAUCGUCAUAAAUUUUUCAAAGACCAAUCUUUUACCACGGAAAGUGAGCUAGUAAAAAUGUGUGCAAAAGUAGAAAAAUCAAAAAAAAUUACUUUGCUAGGUCAAAAAUAUACGAAAAAUGGAAGAAAACUUGCAAAAUUUUUUUCGUCGGUUCUACGUUUAUUCCAGGACUAAUACUAUUCCAAUUAUUUUUAAUCGAUUCAAUUUUUGAAAAUUUUGAAGUUUUUCGAUGGAUUUAUAAGUGCUUUUUGAACUUUCAGUUUGAAAUUAUCCUGUAUUUUUGAUCUUUUUCUAUCUUUUUUAACUUUUUCAGGCAAGAUAAAGUAUUCGGAACGGGUUUACGACGUUUGUAUGGAGUCUUUCGACGCCCUGCCGUUGGCCGCCUUGAUGAACCAACAGUUUUUGUGCGUCCAUGGCGGUCUGUCGCCCGAAAUCCACACUUUGGAGGAUAUCAAGAAGGUUAUUUUAACUUUUUUUUUUGUUUUAGAAAUCAUUUUCUGAUUUUGGAAGCAGGAAAUUAAUGCCGUGUUCAAAGUAAUUUCCGCUAAAUGCGAAAUGAUCUCUGACUCUCCAAAAUUUAGUGAUCUUUUCCUUUCUCUAACGGGUAUUUUGCAUUUCGCGGAAAUUACUUUGAACACGGCAUAAUGUCUAUAGUUACCUAUGAAGCAUAGUUUUUUAAAGAUUUACUUGUCUUUUUUGUUAAAAAUAAAUGUAGAAAAAAUAGAAGAAACUUUUGAAUUUUAGCAGUUUUCAGAAUUUUCCUAAAAUUGGCUUUAUUUUGGCCGUUUUUUCAUAGUAUAGCACUUUUUUUCUGUAAGCUUAUAUGAUCGAAGUUAUUACGCAAAAAAAGCCAAAAAAAUUUUUCGAAACGGAUUUCUUCAUGUUUUUUUGAACGGAAAAGUUUUUGGAAUUCCAAUUUUUUUCUGAAUUUUACAUUUUAUUUGAUCUUCAAUGGAUUCUUCUUAUCUUUUUAGGAGGAAAUAAUCGAGAAAAUAAGAAGUUUAGAAGUUGAAAUUGAUAGAAAAAUUCCAGUUGGAGCGAAUUUUUUUGGACUUUUUUUGAACUGAAAAAGCUUUUUGAACUUGAGUUUUUUUACACCUUUUUCUGUGAUAUUUGAUUUCAGAAUACUCCUUUUUUUAACUUUAGGAACAAAGUAAUUGAAGAAAAGAUUGUUUUUUUCAAGAUGAAAUCAAUGGAAAAAUGGAUUAAAAGCUGGUAAUUAUCUAUUUUUCCUAUAUUUUUUUGUUUCAUUCGAUUUAUGAUGAGUCAUUUUUUAUUUUUUGUUUGAGCUUCUUGAACUGAAAAGCUUCGGAAAUUCAAAUUUUCAAAUUCAUCUGGCUUCAGAUUGCUACUUUUUGAACAUUAGGGACAAAAUAAUUGGGGAAAUGAUGAUUCAAUGGAAAAUUUGCUUUAAAAGCCUCUGAAAUUGAUAUUUUCCUAAAUUUUAAAAAUUCCAUUCGGUUUUCCAUGGAUUCUUUUUCGAUUCAGGGAUGGAAUAACCGAAGGAAUAUAAAGUUAGUAAGAUGAGAUUGAUGAAAACUCGAUUAAAAGCUGUUGAACUCUAAAUUUUCCUAAAAUUUUUUGUUUCAUCUGAUUUAUGAUGAGUCAUUUUUUAUUUUUGUGACAAAGUAUUUGAAGAAAUGAUAGUUUUCGAAGGUGAAAACAAUGGAAAACGUUGCAGCUGGACCGGUUCAAAGAGCCGCCGGCGUUCGGGCCAAUGUGCGACCUUCUCUGGUCGGAUCCUCUCGAGGACUUUGGCAACGAACGAAAUUCGGAGCAGUUCAGCCACAACAGCGUCCGCGGGUGUUCAUAUUUUUAUAGGUACUGUAGGAAUUGUUCAAUCUAAAUAAAUAAAUAAAUUUCAGUUAUGCGGCGUGCUGCGAUUUCCUGCAGCACAACAAUUUGUUGUCAAUUAUUCGCGCUCACGAGGCGCAAGAUGCCGGGUUCGUUCAUUAUUCAUUCAGGUAAUCAAGGUGUUUCCAGGUAUCGGAUGUACCGAAAAUCGCAAGCCACUGGCUUCCCGUCGCUGAUCACCAUUUUCAGCGCCCCAAAUUAUCUCGAUGUAUAUAAUAAUAAAGGUAAAAAUUGAGAAAGUGAGAAAAAAAAUCACUUCAGAGUGGUCCCUUUAGGGGUGAGAAACUUCAGGGUGGUCCCUAUAGGGGUGAGGAACUUCAGAGUGGUCCCUAUAGGGGUGAACUUAGGGCCCUUGGAGAGUCUUCUCUAGGCACCACUUAACCCCUUAAAGGUUCCCCUCUAGGGAGCACUUAAGCAACCCUAUAGGGUCCACUAAACCUUGCAAAAGUGGUCCCUAGAGGGGUAUUAGUUAGUGGCCCCAUAGAGGACACGCUAGUCGGUAGUUUCGAUUUUCUAAGGAACUCUAGAGCGGUCCCUAUAGGGGCAACCUUAGGGUUCCAUCGAGGGACCACGUUACCCCUUGAAGGUUCCCCCUCUAGGGACCACUUUACCAACCCCUAUAGGGCCCACUAAAGCUUGCAAAAGUGGUCCCUAUAGGGGCAACCUUAAGGGCCCUUGGAGGGUUCCCCUCUAGAGACCACUUUACCAACCCCUAAAGGGGCCACUAAAGCCUGAAAAAGUGGCCCCUAUAGGUGUUUGACUAAGUGGUUGAACGAAAAAUAUCAACAAAGGGGUUUUCGUUUUUUUAAUUCUGACACCUGAACAAAAUUAAGAACCCUAUAGGGGCCACUUAAGGUUUUCCUAGAGGGAUCACUCUAGGGGCUUACACGGUAAAAAGCUACAGUACCUGUUUUGGUAGAAAUACUGUAGCCACAAAGACGCUACUUAACAUUCAAGUUCUGACUUUUGAAGGUAUCGAAGCGAAAGAUACUGUAGCCACAAAGGCGCUGCUUAAUAUCUAAAACCAGACUACAGAAAUUUUCGGAAAUUUGCAGCUGCGAUACUGAAAUACGAGAACAAUGUGAUGAACAUCCGGCAGUUCAACUGCAGCCCUCAUCCUUAUUGGCUUCCCAACUUCAUGGACGUCUUCACCUGGUCUUUACCUUUUGUUGGCGAGAAAGGUAUAGCAUCAAAAAUCAGGAUUUUCUUUCGUCACUCGCUUAAAAGUGUACUAGAAACAUUUCCUCGGCGCUUAAAAAAAAUUCAUUCUAACUGAAUUUAUAAAUUCAGCCACAGGAAAUAGGCUUGAAGGAUAUAUACGGACUUUACAGAGCCGCCAUGAAAAACGGAGAAAGUUUUCGCUUGAAAUAGUGUGGGAAAGUUAGAGACGACGGAGUUUGUUUCAUCCCUGCGUCUCUCUUUUCCCUACACUCUCUAGCCCUUUCCACAAAUUUGAACUGAGAUUUUUAUUCACUGCCAAUUGCAGAAAAAGGGUGCAAAAUGGCCGCUAAAAGGGUUCCGUUUUGAGGCCUUUAUGUAGCCUUUUUUCUUGGUGGGCUAACAAGCCUGGAAAAGGGUGCGAAAUGGCCGCUAAAAAGGUUCCGUUUCGAGGCCUUUAUAGAGCCUUUUUUGGUUGGCUGAAAAGGCUCGAAAAGGGUGCAAAAAGGGUGCAAAAUGGCCGUAAAAAGGGUUCCGUUUUGAGGCCUUUGUAGAGCCUUUUUUGGUGGGCUGAAAAGGCUCGAAAAGGGUGCAAAAUGGCCGUAAAAAGGGUUCCGUUUAGGGACAAUUUAUGGACACCUUUUGAUCCAUAAAGGGCCUGUAAAGAGUCCUUUUGACUUUGCCUAUGAUAGAUGAUAAUAAUAGAUCAAUAUGACCGCACUUUACAGAUUUUCCUUUUCCUCAACUUUCAGAAAAGAGCUUUUUGCAGUAACGGAAAUGUUGGUACACAUCUUGAAUAUUUGCUCCGACGACGAACUGAUGGCCGAGUGCGACGACACCUUCGAAGGUUCGUUCCGAACGCUUUUUCUCGUUUUCUGACCAUGUCCCUUUAAAAUCAAAGAAAAAUUCUACAAAAAAAUAACUCCUUAAGUAUCACCACGCAUGGAUGUAUGUGUAGAGGACUUUCAAAAAAUCAAACUUCAAAAAAAAUGCUUGUUUUUCUCUCUCUACAAACUCUCUCGAUUUGUUAGCGUCACUAGUGGGAAAUUCUCCUCUUUCUCUCUCUUUCUCUCUCUCUCUCUAUUUCUCUCUCUUUCUCUCACUAUUUCUAUUUUUUCUUUAAGUGUUGUGUCCCUAAAAGUGGCUUGUUAAGAAAGAUUUCUCAAACAUUUGUAGACCAAAAAGAACCAAAAUUGCCGAGAAAGAGUGAGGGAAAAGAGGAGAGAUUAGAGAUCGAUACGAUUUUUCGGCGAUUUCGGACCUUUUUUGGCCGGAUUUUUUGGAUUACUGGAGUUUAAAUUCUGUAAAAGGACGUCAUGGUGUCAUUACGGACUUUUCGGAUACCGUAACCUUUAAAAUGAAGAUUUGACUCAAAGUUUGAUUUAAAAAAUUGCAGAUGAAGUCCGCAGAGAAUUUUUAUCUCUGCGUCUCUAUAUUUCCCACACUCUCUAGUAUUUUUGAACGAUCUUUUCACAAAGUUUUCCUACAAGUUUAGACAGAAAUCGGAGCAUUAAAAAAUACACCAUGACGUCAUUUUGCGAACUUUGGGACUACAGUAAUCUCAAAAUUAUUCCAAAAAACUCUUCAAAAGCAUGAAAAAUUAUUUGAAUAUUUUUUUUCUUUCAAUACUAAUUACAUGUGUACGUUUCUGUCCAAUAUGAAAAAAUUUAACUUUUACCUUUGUUUUUUAAAGUCUAGUGGUCACUUAAGGGAAACAAGUGAUUUUUAUUUACUCCUUUGUUAGAAAUUUGUAUGAAUUGGGUACCAAAAAACUAGGUAAAAAAACCUCAAGAAUUAUGGAAAGUUUGCUCUAUCGAUAAAAUCGGGUUUUCACUCGAAAAAUGUGCAGGAAAGACUUCAAAAAAAGUGUUAUUGAUUGAUUUAUUGAUUGAUUUUUCUUCACUGGCUUGACACGAACCUAAUUUGAAUGAGGUUGAUUGAUUUGAACUGAUUUGAUUGGAUUCUUACAAAAUUUUAUGUUUUUUCUCGAGGAAACCUUAGAGUGGUUUGAUGUGUAUUUUGAAGAAAAUUUGACAAAAAGAAGCGUGGAUUUUUAUAAAAAAUGGUCGCGUUUUGAAUGGCUCCAUGUUUAGAGUUUGCGCCGGACUUGAAACGGUUUCCGCGUGAAGAAUUUUUUCUAAAAAAAUUUGAGAAAAAAAGUUGAGCAAAGUUUUUCCAGUCAAGCUUGGUUAACUGGGAUAAUUUUUUUGAUUCCUCCCGAAUACGGUAAGCCAUUCCAAAUGCGACCCUGUUUCAAUUCGGGACAUUCAAAGUUUUGAAAAUAAAAAACUAACUUAUAAUCAAUUUUUUUUUUCUCAGGAAGCGACGGUAAGUGCCAGAAAAAAGAGCAUAGAGAAAACGGGACCGUAUGUUUUUCUUUGGUUUUUUAGAAACCGCUUUUUUAUUUUUUCUUUUCAUUUUACUUUUUUUUUUAAACCUUCAAAAAAAAAGAAUAGUUUUCAACUUGACCUUUUUUUUUAGUUUUUCACAAAUUUUUUUCUGUUACCUUUUUUUCGGAUCUUUUGCGUGUGGCUUUUUUGAUUUGCUUCAAAUUAACCCCUUGGAAAAAACAAAUGCUGCCGAGUAUGUGCUUUUGCGUGUUGGUGUGCUGCUGCUGAUUGGCUACCGUAAUCUGUUCGUUUUUUUUUUUCGGCUUGCUUUCGCUUUCUUCUUUUUUUCAUGCAUGAUCUUGAACUUUCCCGGCUUUUUUGAGAGGGAUUUUCUGGUGGCUACAGUAAUCUUCAUAGGGUUACUGUAUGCAAUACUGUAGCUACAGUAAUUUGAAAGGUUACUGUAGGCAUUGAGUAUAAUAAUUUGUAAUUUUAGUCCUGAAAAAUGAGAAAUGUCUUUUUUUCAACUUUGCGUAAAAAUUUAGUGAAAUAUUAGAUACAGUAUUUGAUUAAAAACUACAGUAGUCUCUGAAAAAAAGCAUCAAUUUUAACCGUAAUCCUAGACUUUUAGAAUUUUAGAAUUUAUCAGCUUUUUUAAAGCUUUUUCGUAGAUUUUUUUUAUCUCAAAUACUUUCAAUUUUUGAAAAUUUGCGCGAUUGGAAAUACUUUUUGAGCUAAAAAAAAAUCGAAAUGAACCGAAAAAAUCUAAAAAUUUUUUUUUCAUCGCUGGUGUGACAUAAAUACAUAUAAAAAGUGAUUCUAGUCUUUAUUCUUUUUUAAUUUUUCCCAGUUCCAUAGGAAUCGAUUUUCUCAAAAAAUCGCCACAAUCGGAACCAUCUGACCUGUCUGCGCCCUCUUUUCUCUAACCUCCGGUGAGAGAGAAGAGAGCGCAGACAAGUCAGAAAAUCGGAAUGAAAACCGAUUCCAAUGGAAUUCUCAUCAUUAUGAUUAUUAUUUUUCAUUUUUAUUUUUGAGACGCUUUUUUCUUUGCCAUUUAAUUCAGUGAACCUUUUUGGGAGAUGGUGGUUAUUAGACAUAUUAAUUGGAUGAUUAAUUAAUUAAUUAGAGUUUUUUCAAUUUUCAGGAGGAGUCCCGUCGGCCCGGAAAGAAGUCAUUCGCCACAAAAUUCGCGCCAUCGGCAAAAUGGCCCGCGCUUUCAGCGUUUUACGGUUGGUUUUUUUGAUGAUUUUUUGAAGAUUUCAGUGUUUUUUGAAGUGUUUUUGUAUGCGCAAGAUUGGUCAGAAAAUCCGAAAAUCAAUAAAAUAACAUUUUUAUGCUUUUUCAUACAAAAAUCGUCAUUUUUUGAGUUUUUUCAAUUCUUCUAGAGCGUUUGAAAAGCUUUUAUUUCUUGCAAAAAAAUAAUCUCUUGAGAGAAACCGAACCCACGACCUUUUUAGCCAUAAUUUGAGCUCUUAGCCACUUUACCAUAGAUCCCAGCUUCUUACAGGAUUUUGUAGUAUACUCAUUUGUGUAGCCAUUGAGAGAAAGUUCAGUUUUCAGAAAAUGAAAAAUGGCAAAAAACUUUUAGUCCUCAGGAGGAUCCGAACCCGCAACCCUUUGAGUCAUAUUUUGAGCUUUUAGCCACUUGACCAUAGAUACAAGCUCUCAACAGGAUUUUGUAGUAUACUCAUUUGUGUAGCCUUUGUGAGAAAGUUCAGUUUUUGGAAAAUAAAAAUGGCAAAAAGUUCUUUUCUUGAGAGGUUUUGAACCCGUGACCCUUUGAGUCAUAGACUAAGUUUUUAGCAGAGCAAUUAUCAAUUUUUAAGAACUUUUUAGCAAUGUCAUGGGAGUUAUUUUGAGCCAAGUUCAAAUUUCAAAUUUCUGUUCAAAUUUCUGACCAAUCUAGUGCAACCUUGAUUUUUUUUUUUGAAAUUUCGAUUUAUUACCAUUUUGAGUGACAUUUCAACAGAGUUUUCCAUGUUGAGUAAUCUGAUUUUCAAUGUUCUAAACUAUUGAAAAAUUAAAAAAAAAAGUUUCCUUAUAGUCUUUACACUAUAAGGAAAAGUGCUUUUAACAAUUCGCCUAGAAAUUUUGACCUUAUAUGAAUGAACGCAUGUGUGCUCCAUUGAGAAAGUCCUUCAAGAUAAUCGGACCUUGGUAACUGGAGACGGACGCGUACCGGACGCUCUAGGGGUCACUUAAGAGUGCUGACGCCACUAAAGUGAUCACUAUAGUUUCUCAGAAACGUCUGGUUUACGUUAUUAAGAUCCGAAAAUUCAGAAAUUUUUUGGAUUUUUUCACGGAGCGCAUAUGUAUUUGGGAUACUUGGGUGAAAGCCUAUUUUUUUUUGAGGAAAAUUCAAAUUUUUAUGACAUUUAUCUAAUACUCAGGCUCAAUUUCAUUACAAUCAUUUUCUUUUCGAACCAAUUUCGUUGAAAAUAACGAUUUUUGCUCUAAAUUUGAAUUGCUAGAAGCUAAUCCAUUCAUGUCGGAGUGUGGCUGUUUUUUCAGCGAGGAGAGCGAAAGUGUCCUGGCGCUGAAAGGUUUGACGCCGACGGGAGCCUUGCCGGUCGGAGCCCUUCAAGAAGGCGUCCGAGGCGUUCGCGAAGGUCAGUUUCUUCGGUAAUCGCCAAAAAACGCGUCGCAGAUGGGGAAGGGUUUGCUGAAGGUGUCCAUGACUUGUUCCGUUUUUUUUGUCUUUUUCGCGAUAUCGCGUCAUUUAGACGGUCUGUCUCGUGUUACUUUUCGGAUUUGCGAUAUCGUCUGGUUUUCGCCUCACGAAUGAGAUACUGACUCGUGUUAUCAUGUCUUUUUCGCGAUAUCGCACGAGUAUGACGCGUUUUCUGCUCUUUCGCGAUAUCGCCCGGCUCUCGCUGCUUCAAGAUUUUGACAGUGCCUCGUGUCAUCAUGUCCUUUUCGCGAUAUCGCUCGAGUUAGAUAAUGCGAUCCGUUUUGUCCUUUUGCGAUAUCGCUCGAUUUAGACAGUCUGGCCCGUUUUUUGGCCUUUCGCGAUAUCGUUCGGUUUUCGCCGCCUCCAGGUUUUGAUAGUGACUUGGAUUAUUAUGUCCUUUUCGCGAUAUCGCUAGUGUUAGACAGUCUGGCUCGUUUUUUGUCCUUUUUGCGAUAUCAUAUAGAUAUUCUGACUUGUCUGCCCUCCCUUCCCUCUUGCAGGCGAUAGAGAAGAGAGCGCAGACGGGUCAGAGCACAUAAAUGGCGCCCUUUUUUGUCUGCGCUUUCUUCUCAUUAUUGUUGUUGAGAGAGAAGAGAGCGCAGGUUGGUCAUAUCAAAAAGAGGAAAAAAUUGUCUUUGUCCUAUUUCGUCCCAUUUUGCGAUUGCGAUUGGAUUGAACUCAUCACGACUGGAUGGAUUGGAGUGACUCACCAUUUUUGUCCUCUUGGAAUAUUUCUCUUGACGAGGUCGAUACAGACAUGAGAGCGAGACUGUCGUGCAGCUGAAGGGCCUCAAUCCGUGUGGAAAACUUCCCCAAGGCCUUCUGGCCGGCGGAAGAGCCGCCGUCGUCGAGAGUAUGUUGGAUUUUUUGGGCUCCCUUGAAAGUUUUAUCAAGUUUCACCUGUCCUACAAAAUGGCUUGAAAAGGAAGCUACUCAAAAAAAAAAAUCACCAUCAGGAAGCUUGAAGUUGACACAGUCUGACCUGUCUGCGCCCUCUUCUCUAUCAUCGAGAGGGUCAUAGAAAAGGGGAAAUAGCUUGUAAAGCAAGAGAGCGCAGAGAAGUCCUAGGAUGUUUUUUUUUACUUCACUCUAUGUCACUAGCAAGGUUAAUUGAUUACCAAAGAACUGAGCCAUUCCAAAAGCGGUCAGUUUUUCAUCUUAUCCAAUAAUGCCAUAUUGAAGGUAUGUUUCUUGAAAAUCAAGUCAUGGUAACAUCAGCGAGACCCUUUCUAUUUGCAACGCGGGAAACACAUAUUGCUCAUGUUAACUCAUAAUAACAAAUUUUCAGCGCUCUCCGGCGUUCAGCCAGGUCACCAGAUCCAGUCGUUCGAGGAAGCGAAACGACUCGACCAGAUGAACGAGCGAAUGCCGCCGACUAUGGCGACGCCGCCCGGACAGUCGCCGUCGCAGUCGCCGCUGCCGUCGCGUCAGACGACGCCACAGCCGCCCAAGAACGGGCCGUCCUCCUAG